CUGUUGGCUGACGAUUCUUUUUUGUCGCGUUACCUUCAUUUGUAUGAACAGCUGGAAGCCUGGUUCUCCCUCGGCGUCAACUACAUGCUGACCCGCGACUGGCGCACCACCGCAGCCUGGCACGACCGCAUCUCUCUCCUCCAAGACCAGGUCGAAGGCUACCCCGUCUUCCUCCCCGCCCGCAGCAUGAGCCAGGCGGAUUAUAUCGAGAUUCUGACCUUGUUGAGGAAAGCGGCCAGGGAGAGGGGUGGGAAACGGGGUGCCGGAGGUGGAGCCGCGAAUGGAAAUACAGCGGACGGGAAGCCGCAUCGUGAGGCGUCGACGAGGGAUACUGAUGGGAAUGCGUGUAACGGCACGGGAAGUGGGCAACACACACCUCCCAUCUCCGUAACACACACAACCCCCGCGACAAAACCAACCACCUACUGCUGCGAAUGCAUGUCCCACCCCCGCACCGCCACCGGCCGCGAAAGCGCGCUGAUCGUCUCACAGGCCAACCCCACCCACAACCACACCGACUCCAUAUCAUCAUCAUCAUCAUCAUCAUCCACAUCACCUUUCUCAAUGACAAACUCGGCUUUCAGCACUUCCGCGGGGUCAAACAGCACGAUCAAGCAGUACCCGCUGCAUACCAAACGCGCGCAGACGGUGGCGAUGUGGUUGCAGGCUAUGGUGCUUAUUGAGCGGGGUGAGGGGGUUGGUAGUGAGGCGGGGGUUAAUGGGAGUUCGGUUAAUGGGAUAGGGGUCAAUGGGACCGGGGUCAAUGGGACCGGGGCCAAGCCGACUGUGGCGAGCAUUGAGGCGCAGUUGCGGGAUGUGCAGGUUUGUUGAAUCAGUCCUUUGCUUAUGCGAGUUUUUUCGUGGGGCGCGGAGAUGUAAGACUUAUGCGGCUGGCUGUUUUAUUUUGGCGAUUUGAAAUAGGACCAGAUCAAAGUCCUGGAAGAUAAAACUC